AGUCCUUAACAUUCUCUGGUUUGUCUCUACUCCUUCUCAUUCUCUCUUCAAAAUGACAAGCUUCGGAGACAUUCUCAAAUUGGAGAGAGAGAAAGAGAUGAUGCUCACGACGACAAGUACUAGUCUCGAUCACAGCAUCGUCGACAGAGUUCUAGCCAGUUUAGGCAAAGGCUUCGAUAUAACAUCGGAUUUCCGGCUUCAGUAUUGCAAAGGCAAACGAAGGUUGGUUGCCCUAAACGACGGCGAGAAGAGGGAGCUCGUGGUACCUGGUUUUGGUACCAUUCCGGACGUCUCCGGUGACAUUAAAUGCGACAAGGGAGACCGGACGAGGUACCAGACGGACAUGUUGAGGUUCAGUGAGAUGUCGGAGCAUAUCAACCAGAGGUCGAGUGUCACCGGGAAAGUUCCGUCGGGGUUGUUCAAUUCGUUGUUUGGGUUUGAUAGUGGUUCGUGGGGGAGUGAUGCGGCCAAUAUCAAAUGCUUGGGUGUGGAUGGCUAUUUCAUUAUCUUCUUCAGUGUUCAUAUUGAUAGGUACCCUCUUGUUCUCGCCGAUGAAGUUCGCGAUGCUGUUCCGGCCACUUGGGAUCCUCUUGCCAUUUCAAGAUUCAUAGAGAAAUUUGGGACGCACAUCGUGGUGGGUUUGAGUGUUGGGGGUCAGGAUGUGGUGUCAGUUAAACAAGAGAAAUCAUCAACUUUAGGGCCAUCAGACGUUAAGAAACACUUAAACGAGCUUGGAGAUCAGCACUUUACAGGGACUUGUAAUUUCUCCCCACUCCUCUCCAAAGCAAAAGACCAUAGACACAAGGCACCACAGGCAUUCAAUAUCUUUGAUUCUCCGCAAUCCGUCUCCAUUAACGAUUUCACCACCGCAAACAAAAAAGAUGGAAUCACUGUGAUAAGCUCUAAAAAGGGAGGUGAUCCAUAUGCCAGUAGCCACAGUGAAUGGCUUCAAACAGUUCCGUCGAUGCCGGACGCUAUUCAGUACAACUUCAUUCCUAUCACUUCUCUCCUUAAAGGUGUUCCCGGCAAAGGUUUCUUGUCCCAUGCCAUCAACCUCUAUCUCAGAUACAAGCCUCCUAUAGCUGAUUUGCCCUACUUUCUUGAAUAUCAAGUAUCACACAAAGUUUGGGCUCCCAUUCAUAAUGACCUACGUUUAGGUCCUGCCACAAAUAGCAAAUCUAAUCCAUCAUCACCUGCUAUUCACUUCAGCUUUAUGGGUCCUAAAUUAUAUGUAAACACCACACAGGUUAGAGUUGGAAAUAACGCCCCCAUCACAGGAAUGCGAUUGUUUCUUGAGGGCAUGAAAUGCAACAGGCUAGCCAUCCACCUCCAACAUCUUGCAAACACUCCAUUGAUGUUGGAUAACAAGAUCGAUGACGCAAAGAUAUGGCGAGGAACAGAUGAGAUCCACGAUGACCGGUACUUUGAAGCAACAAACGGGAACAAGUUCUCCCACGUUUGCACGGCGCCGGUAACAUACGACCCGAAGUGGAUGUCUUCAGGCUUAACCUCGUCCUUCGUUGUCUCUGGAGCACAGCUUGUGGUGAAGAAACACGGCUCAAAGAAUGUUCUCCAUCUUCGGCUCUUGUUCUCCAAAGUAUUGGACUCUUUCUUAGUACAAUCAAAUUGGGAAGAGUCAUGCUCCUCAACUAAAUCGUCAUCCUCCGGCCUUUUGAAUGCGAUGAGUAGACCAAUUUCCGGGAACUAUUGGGGGAAAGAGAAAGUAGAACCUGCGGCGGAGCAAGUGAUAUUGGAUUCGAGUGUUUUUCCGGCAGGACCUCCGGUGCCAUUGCCAAGGCAAAAGUUUGUGAAGCAUGUAAACACCUCACAUGUAUGCAAAGGGCCGCAGGAUAGUCCUGGCCAUUGGUUAGUCACCGGAGCAAAGCUCAACUUGGUCAAGGGAAAGAUUGGGUUGCAAGUCAAGUUCUCUCUGUUAAACCUAGAAGAAAAAUGAACCACGUACAUUGCCUAUCUAGCUCAUUAUUUUCAUUCUUUAAUUCAAUGCAAUAUGUGAGCAAGAGCAUAUUGCUAGCUUUAUAACUUCUUCCACUCUAAAUGUAAAGAGACUGGCGUUCUUGAAAACUGAACUUUGGGGUUAAAUUACGAACCAAGGUUAAGC